CUGGUAUUCUCUCACAAUUCCCUCAACUUCUCCUUCUCUUACCAUACUUUGUUAGCGUUCUGCAGUUUGAGUUCUUCAAAAAAUGGCUGAACAAAUCCUAUUCAAUAUUAUAGCUGACGUUUUAACCAAGUUAGGCUCCUCGUCUAUUCAACAAAUUGGAUCUGCGUUUGGUGUGGCAAAGGAGUUGACGAAGCUUACGAAGAAACUGACCACCAUCAAAGGUGUACUGGUUGAUGCUGAGAAGAGGCAGGAGGAGAGCGAUGCAGUAAAAGCAUGGGUGAGGAGGCUCAAAGAUGUUGUGUAUGAUGCUGAUGACUUGUUGGAUGACUUUGCAACCCAUCAGCUGCAGCGUGGGGGAGUAGCAAGGCAGGUCAGUGACUUCUUCUCAUCUUCGAAUCAGCUCGUAUUUCGUUUUAAGAUGAGUAGUAAGGUCAAGAAUAUCAAAGAAGAGGUUGAUGAAAUUGUAAAAGAAAUCAAUCUAUUAAAACUUGUUCAAGGGAACAUAGUUCAGAGGGAGGUAGAGAGUAGUUGGAGAGAGACUCACUCAUUUGUGUUGACCUCUGAAAUUGUGGGAAGAGAAGAAAACAAGGAGGAGAUAAUAAAGUCGUUGGUGUCAUCUGAUAAUCAAGAAAUUCUUUCCAUGGUUGCCAUUGUUGGGAUUGGGGGGUUGGGUAAGACCACCCUUGCCCAGUUGGUGUACAAUGAUGAGAAAGUGGUGCAAUAUUUUGAGCCUAGAAUAUGGGUUUGUGUUUCUGAUCAUUUUGAUGUGAAGUCAUUGGUUAAAAAAUUCUUAAAAGAAGUGUGUGAGCAAGAUGUAGAAUGGUUGGAGUUGAAUGGUUUAAAAAAUCUCCUUCAUAAAAAGAUUAGUCAAAAGAGAUGCUUGCUAGUCCUGGACGAUGUUUGGAAUGAAAAUCCUGAAAAAUGGGAUCAAUUGAAAAGUUUGUUGAUGGUUGUUGGAAAGGGGAGUAAAAUUUUGGUGACCACCCGACAUAGUAAGGUCGCAUCAAUAAUGGGAAUUAAUUCUCCCUUUUUUUUGGAAGGGUUGAAAGACAGCCUGGCUUGGGAUUUAUUUUCAAAAAUAGCAUUCGCAGAAGAACCAGAGAAAGUGCAUCCAAAGUUGGUGGAAAUGGGAAAAGAAAUUGUAAAUAUGUGUAACGGAGUUCCGCUUGUCAUCAAAACACUGGGAGCAAUGUUGCGCCUGAAAACAGAGGAAAGUCAUUGGCUGUCCAUAAAAAAUAAUAGAAAUUUGCUAUCACUAGGAGCUGGAAAUGAUAAUGUUUUAUCGGUGUUGAAGUUAAGCUACAAUGAUUUGCCAAUCUAUUUGAAGCAAUGUUUUACUUAUUGUGCGUUAUUUCUAAAAGAUUACAAAAUUGAGAAAAACAUGUUGGUGCAAUUAUGGAUGGCACAGGGUUAUAUUCAACCUUUAGAUGAGAAUGUAGGACAUCAAUAUUUUGAGGAAUUAUUGUCGAGAUCAUUGUUGGAGAAGUUUAGAAAUGAUGCUUUUAAUAAUAUAUUGAGUUGUAAAAUGCAUGAUCUCAUGCAUGACCUUGCACAGUCAGUUGUAGAAUCUGAAGUCCUUAUUUUAGAAGAUGAUGUGAAGGAGAUCCCGAAAGAAGUUCGUCAUGUAUCGUUGUUUAAUUCAAUGAAUCUUAAGUUGAAGGCUUUAAGGGCAAAACACAUAAGGACCUUUUUAAGCAUUCCAAUACAUGGGUACAAAGAUGAUUCAAUUCCAAAUAUAUAUUUUUCGAGUUUUAAGUGUUUACGUGUGUUGAGCUUAAAUGGAUUCAAAGUAAAGGAGGUACCGAAAUCUCUAGGUAAAUUGAGUCAUCUAAGAUAUCUCGAUCUCUCCCACAAUAAGUUUGAGGUACUCCCAAAUAGUAUUACAAGGUUAAAAAAUUUACAAACAUUGAAGCUUAUUGGAUGUCAUGUGUUAAAAGAAAUGCCCAAAGAUAUGAGACAAUUGAUCAAUCUUAGGCACUGGGAGUAUGACGGCUAUUUGAGUAUGCCAUGUGGAAUAGGAAAGUUGACUUUGCUUCAAAGCCUACCACUAUUUGUCGUUGGAAAUGAGAGAGGGGUUGGUAGAUUGAGUGAAUUGAAAGGGCUUAACAACCUCAAAGGUAAGCUAAGGAUUCAAAAACUCGAAAAUGUGAGGGAUGCCGUGGACGAAUCCGACAAAGCAAAUUUGAGGGAAAAAAAAUACAUUCGGAUGUUGGCCUUGGGAUGGGAGAACCGAUCAGCUCAGUCUGGCAGGGAUGCUGAGAAACUGAUGGAAGGCCUACACCCACCUCCAAGCCUGGAGGAGCUCAGAAUAGGACGUUAUGGAGGUAUGGGGUUUCCGAGUUGGAUGAGGAAUGGUGUGUUGAGUCAACUCAAGUCCCUGCAGCUUGUUGAUCUGUCGGAGGUGGAGUACUUGGGGUGUUCAUCAGUGAUAGAAACCAUGAUUUACGCAGCGGAAACAAAUCAUGAUGAAACAAGCAUGGAGGCAAGCCAAAACCAUAUGUAAAAGACUGACCUUUUUCUCUGCUGAAAACGCCCACAAUCUCCUACAAUCUUCUGCUGUUUACCUUAUCAAUUUUCCGGACUAUGAUUUCUGAGUGGGCAGAAAAAACAAUAGCUAGGGUACGUCACUCUCUUUUCUGUUUCUAAUAUAUAUCUCUUCGAUGGGAAGAAGACCACUUUGUUAGAAAC